CAAAAAUCAAGUAGUGCGUUACAAAAAUGCAUUAGGAAUUUCAGCUGUAUUUAGAUAAAUUUAUGCCUAAGUGGCAAUUUACACUUAGUAUUUAUGGAAAAAUUCUAUGUUAAUGAACUGAAUUUGUACGAUAAGAGCAACAAUCAGCUGAUUCAGAAUUCGUUAUGAAAAUUAAAAUUACAUUCUCACAGUAGAAUUCAUCCAACCAAUCCCAUUCAGUACUGUUCAAUGUUCAUGAAUAUAAAUAUCAAACACUUUUUUCAUUUGGCAAUAUUUAUGCAAAAUGGCCCGAUAAAUCAUAUUUUUAUAUAACUCCAGUCAAGAGGAGUGAUGCCAUUUGGUUCUGAAACACCACUGUUCACUCUCAACAAAUGGUGUAACUUUUUUGGAAUAGACUUAACUUGGGCUUGUGAAGAAAACGGUGCCUAUCACAACAAAGUGUUUCGCGUUACUCUUAUCGUUCAUCAUCACAGUUUGCCUGAUUCUGAAGUGUACUUUGGCAUUGGAAAGCGUAUUUUAGAAGCGAAACAUCGGGCUGCUGAAAAUGCUCUUCUAUCAUGCAAAUUGUUCGAGGAGUCCAGACUGAGGUUAGAGUUACCGAAGACUGAAAAAUCUUGUGUCAAACCAAAAUGCGUAAAGCCUUUUAUUAUUCUCAUUGAGUCUGCUUCGACUCCUGAUCCACCCAAAUUGCAGCUUAAACAGCUGCUUGCUUUACUUGGUUCUAAAGUGAAAUUUAUUCAGUCGGGGCGUUCCGCUGACAACGCGCUGCCUAUCAUGUACACUGCAACGGUAGGUAUUGUUGGUCGACAGUAUGUUGGAAAUGCAACCACUAAACCAGGUGCUGAGCAAGAAGCGUGUAUCGGAGCACUAGCAGCUAUACGCCGGUCUCUGUUAUCCUUCAUCAAAAGACAGAAAACGAAGAAAGGAGUGGUUGAUGAUUCCAACAUCAUAAAUAUUUGUCAGUACAUCCAUCCGGAGUCACCAUCAUGGAGAUUACAUAUUCUUGCCGGUUUGCAUUUUAUUUAUCCGCGUUUCAAGGUCAAAAAGUUAACUGGUUGUGAACCGAGUGGAUAUACCUGUACAUGUGUGUUAGAUGGUUGGGGGUCUACUGAAAGUCUGUCGAUAUCAGCGAAGAAGGCCCAAGAUUCCGCUGCCCAAGCAAUGCUUAAUAAGUUAAAUCAGACUGAAAAUAAAUGUUCUACAGUCCAGUCAUCUAAUUGGGACUCAAAUGCUGCAUCUCAGUGUGUACACAAAAAGAAUGUUAAGUCAGGCAAGACUAAAUUACAGUUGAAUCUUAAUCGUGCUACUGAUGAAUCGGUACAUCCUGUGUGUAGAUUGGAGUGCUUUAGAGCUUCAAAGCGUUUAGAUAAAAUAAAAUAUACACUGUUAAAUGAACAACUGCAGAGUGGAAUGCAGGGCUCUCUGGUAUCUGGGAGAUCAUCAUUUGUUUAUCAGAUUGAAUUUUUAAACGAAUGUAUCCAAGGUCCUGCAGCUAAUAAUAAACGUUUAGCUAAACGACUUGCUGCUGAAGCAUUAUUGACAAAAUUGGGAUUAUCUAGUGAAAAAGUACCCGAGGUAAAAAGUGCUCUACGAACAGCAGAAGUUUCGUUUCUUGACAAUGAUGGUGUGGAGAAUAUCUUGAGAAAUUCAUCUCACGGUGAUCCUGUCCCCACGGAAACCAAUGGCAACGGAGGUAGAUCAGAGAGCCUACCGAAUCAGACGGUUCACAGCAAGGAUUAUCAUGUGAAUUUUAGUUGUACCAGUGAUACUUUUGUCUUCAGUGAAGAAGAAGGGAAAUGCAAUUCAUUGGGCAGACGAAAUUCUCAUCCCGUGCAAAAGAAAGGUGUAAAGUCAAAAGUACUAUACAAUAAACAAAAUCCUCGUUGUUAUUCAAGUAUGAAUCUUUCAAUGAAUGAAAUGCAUAACUUCAUGCAAAACCAUUAUGUUUCGUCAACAUCAUCUCGUCUUUCAUUGCCAAAUUCAACAUCUGAUAGAGAACACAAUAAAAGCUACAAAGAUUUUGGUGUCUUCGAUAAAACCAUUGGUUAUUGGACAGACUCUAAAAAGCUAAAGUGCAGUCUUAGAUCCUGUUCUCAAAGCAACUCAGAAAACGACCUGUCUGGAAACCACUGGCAUCGGAAAUCAGAUCGCUUGUCUGAUAGUGCAUUCCCUAAUGUUUCCCUCAGCUGUACACAUAUAAAAACGAAUAUAAGACUGCAGCUUUUAGCUCGUGUCGCUGCCUAUUGUUUGAAAGAACAUGUUUCUUAUCCUUCACUAUCAAUGAAUAUGAAAAAAGAAUUACUUGGAAGAACAAAUGUUAGUUUGGUUGACCAGUUGGUCCUUCUGUGCAAGCGUCUUUCAGUGCCUUGUCAUUUCAUCGAUUAUCCGCCUACAUUUUACACUGGACACAAGAAACAAAAAGAAAUUGAUUUAAGACAAUUCGAACACACAGUUAUCCUAUUAGUUGGUAUAAAUCCUACAAAUUAUAUUACAACACUGAAUUAUUCACAAAUGAAUGAUGGUUAUAUAUCAGUGAAGGCUUCAGAUUUUACAAGAAGUAUAGCCAGACAAAAAGCUGUUCAACUAGUGGUUCAGUGUUUAGCAAAAUUAAUUGAAUAACUUCAGAAUGUGAUAUGUGGUGUGGUUAUUUGUUAUGAAUUUAAAAGUAUGCAUUUUAUAUAAUUGAACUCUUUACUUACUUAGUCAUCAUUAUUUGAACGAAUGCAUUUAUUUAUUCAUUCAGUCAGGCUUCUCAGUUUUAUAGUUGUCAUACUGAUU